AUGAAUCAAGCGUAUCUGGGCAAGUGCCUGGGCACUGUCUCUUCACCAUCUUUCCGCCGAAGUCACAAUGGCAGCCUAGUCGACCGUCUUGCCCAUCGAAAGAAUAUCACUUUUGCGUCCACGACCGGGCACUCUGACUCACGAAGCGACAAUGCAGAAAAAGAUACAACAUUUCUCGUAAGGGCUCAUCAGGCGGGAGUGAACUGCUUGACCGUCGACAACAACAAUGGCCGCUAUUUGCUGUCUGGGGGAGCCGACUCGUGUGUCCGGCUCUGGGAUCUGGAGGAAUAUGAAUCCAAACCACAGACGUCUUCUGUCUCAAAGACAUCGAGGACAUACACCUCCAAAGCAUCACUGACACGUAGGACUCCGUCAUCGCACGCACAUGCUCUGACAUCCAUUUCAAUCUAUCCAUUUGAUCCGACGCCAUCGACUCUCUUGACAACCAGCUACGACAAAACUCUCAAAGUCACCUCCAUAACGCCUACUUCUUUGCUGCCCGUCCACGGCUUUGAACUAGACUUCAUACCAUACACGCAUUCACUCUCCCCGCUACCUGACUCCUCUCCACUUAUUGCUGUUGGCACCGAACAUCCGUCCAUCCGCCUCUUGGACCUCCGCUCGGGCCUGUCCACGCACUCGCUCUCUGGUCCCAACGGCGCCAUCUACACACUCGCCUGGUCGCCACGGAUCUCAUACAUCCUUGCUUCCGGUUCGGCAGACGGCCGCGUGCUCUUCUAUGACAUCCGCCGCGCCAAUGCCGCUUUCGCCUCCCUGGAUCUCGACGAUGCGAUCGGUGUCGUAGGCGAGCGACCCUCCACCGGCCUCGCUGCGCGCAGCGAACUGCUCGACUUCAACACCCUCGCACACAACGGUCCCGUAACCAGUGUGCAAUGGACGCCGAGCGGCGAUCGCCUUGUCACCGCGGGCCACGACCAGCGGAUCCGCGUCUGGGACUCUGCCACGGGCCGCAACGAACUCGUGCAUUUCGGCCCCAGGAUCCGAAACGAGAGACAAGGCGAAUUGAAGCCGCUGAUCUCACCUGCCGGCACGCAUUCGCCCGGUCGCGAGUCCCUGUUCUGGCCCAACGAUGACGGCCGCGGGGUCAUUUUCCAACAUCACCUGCGCGAAGGCCACUUGCUGCGCAUCUUGCGUACAGAGGGCGUCAACGUGUCCGACGUGCGAGCAUCCAAGCGAUCUGGGGUCACAAGUGGUAAAUCUUCAGCGAGCAAUAUAGCGAGGUUGACGAGCGCUGGGCGUAUUAACGGCAUGGUGUGGCGCGUCAAUGCCCCUACCGGCGACGGUGUCGAGAUGUACACCGCGCAUGGAGACGGAAGGAUUUGCGCUUGGAUGCCGAUUGCUGCUGGGCCUCACGACGAUGAUGACGACGAUGGAGAGGAAGUUGAGGUUGAGGUUCAAGAGAACACCACUGCUGACGACGCCGAAAAUAGGAAGAAGCGCAAGAGAGAUCUCAUUACGGACUUGGUCGAAGGGCUGGCGAAGAAGUCAGCGCCCUUCUCUUGA